CGCGGCGCGCGGUGACGGGCGGCCCAUGGCCUCGGCCGGCGCGGGGCGCUGGGAGCUGGUGCGCAGGGGGCCGGGCCCGGGGCCGGGGCCGGCGGCCCGCGGGGGGCGGGGCGGGCGCAGGGCGCUGCAGGAGGCCAACGGUCGGCCGCCUGUUGCCUUCGGCCUUGCCUAUCACUACAUCAGACACCAUCUUUGAGCUGGGGUUUGAGAAAACCGUGAAGAAGCAGAACAAAGAGCAAGUGCCUCCAGCCCCUGCCCCUGAGCAGCAUCACAAAAAACAGAACAUGGGGAAAAAUGCUAAAAAGUCAACUGCAGUCGAUGCAGGACUCAAGCAAGGCAAAUUCCGAACACUGGAGGAUGCACUGAAAGCUUUUGAUUUGACAGAACUUCAGAGGGAGCUGGAUAAAAGUCAGAACGUGUUUCCUGAGAACCCAUCUGUGUGGGUUAAAGACCUGGCUGGAUAUCUAAACUACAAGCUGCAGACCCCUCGGAGCGACCCCACUCUCAGCCAGCAUACUCCUGAUUACCCCUACAGCCUUGUGAACAAGGAGCUGAGAAGCAUCAUCAAGUCCCUGCUAGUGAAAGCCUCCAGCGUACUGGAGCUCUUCUUUGAUCACUGUAUUUAUACGAUGUUGCAAGAGCUGGACAAAACUCCUGGGGAGUCGCUGCAUGGAUACCGGAUCUGCAUACAGGCAGUGGUGCUGGACAAGCCUAAAAUUGCAACAGUGAAUCUGGGCAAGUAUUUAGAGCUGUUACGGUCCCAUCAGAACAGGCCAAUGAAAUGCCUCUCAAUCAUGUGGGCUCUGGGACAAGCUGGCUUCACAGACCUCACUGAAGGAUUGAAAGUGUGGCUUGGCAUUAUGCUUCCAGUGCUGGGGAUCAAGUCCCUCUCCCCGUAUGCGAUUGCCUACUUGGACCGGCUACUUAUGACGCACGCAAACCUGACCAAAGGAUUUGGCAUGAUUGGACCAAAGGACUUUUUCCCACUCUUGGACUUUGCCUUUAUGCCCAACAACUCCUUAUCACCCAGCCUGCAGGAGCAGUUACGCCAGUUGUACCCCAGACUGAAAGUGCUGGCGUUUGGUGCUAAAUCUGAGACCACGCUGCACACCUACUUCCCCUCCUUCCUGUCCAGAGCCACUCCAAACUGUCCUGCCGACAUGAGGAACGAGCUCCUGAUCUGCCUGAAUGAGUGCCUGAGCAUGGAUGCCCUGAGCUUCAGCGUCUGGCGACAGCUGUACACUAAACACCUCUCCCAGUCCAGCUUGCUCCUGAACCAUCUGUUGGAGUCUUGGGACAGCACCACCAAAAAAGUGCGAAAAUCUCUCCAGGAAACCGUUCGUUCGUUCAAAGUGACUAACGAAGAACUUGCUGUGAAAGGACCAAACAGUCUCCAGGAUCUAGCAGCCUGCCAUGCCGCCUGCGAGAACCUGCUGCAUAAGAUGAAAGGCCGUGGCUUCCCCUGGGUUCGACUGCUGCUUGUGGUUCUGGUGUUCGCUGCCGGCUUCCUGGUGCAUGACAUCAGGACACAGGGGUCUUUUCAAGCUUCUUCUGCUCACAUCCUUCGCUCCUCGGGCAUCUUGUCGGUCUCCCAGCAAGCCUGGAAUAAAGUGUCCCAUUACUCCCUGGAAGGAUACAGCUGGUUGGAGAGGAAUGUCCCUGUUUAUUAUUCCCAAGUGCUGACGGUGUUGGGCCCAAACCUGAAACUGGUUUGGACAAAGACCAACGAGACUGCAGUUUACGUCUCUGGGAAAUGUUCCUCUCAGAUCUUGUGGGUCAAAGACAACCUGCCCUGGUUCAUUGAGUGGCUCCAGGCCUGGGUUCCGGACUUCGUGCUGCACUUUGCUGAAUGCAUCAAGGAGCUGUUACUCUUCCUCCUGCAGAGCUGCCUGCUGCCAGCGCUGGAAUCCACAGGGGCAGCCCUCGAGCGGGGAUGGGAGCUCUGUGUGGAUGCUUGCAAUGGAGAAGUGUCAUGGGAUUGCAUGAGAAAACAUCUGACAAGCUUCACCUAUUCCUCCUGGAUAUACCUGCAAAACACAACACUAGCGGUCAAGAACUGGGCCUUGGCCAUGAUUUCUGGACACUAGAGCCUGGCUCUCUGGAGCAUUGGGGACAACGUUCGCGUCACUAAUCUCCUCUUGUAUAGUGACGAAGGACAGUGUGUUUUCAGUGUAGCCUGCAUUGAGGGGUUGGAGCAGGUGUCUGUGCCUGUUGAGAGGCGGGGGUAGCUGGGGAGGUUUUCCCUGGGGUGACAUGUCCAAGCUUUAUGCACCCUGUGAUUUAGUUUUGGUUAUUCAUGUCCAGCUCCCUCACCCCUGGCCCAUAACUCUGGCAAGUGAGUGGCUGUCUGUGCCUCUCUACUUUGGCCUGGCCCUAUAACGGGCCCUGUGCUUUGCUGUCUUAGCAGUGAUGUUAUCCGGAAGAGCAGCCCGCACAGGGUGGGGGCUCAGGUGUGCACAUGGCAGCACAUAUACAUCUCUGCCUGCCUGCCUGCCCAGGCUAGCCUCGUGCCUCUCCCCUCCCAUGUGGACUCAGCCCUCCCCGCUCAGCUCAUGUGGCUUUGGACCAGCCACUGGGAUGUUAUUGUCCCAGAUGAGUUGACAGACAGAUGCAUUCCAUUGAAUUCAAUGCAUGGACCGUCUGUUCCUCUUCAAAGGUGUUGGUGUCUGGUGUUGAGGUGCAGUGGCAGCAGCACACGAGCUCGCUUCCCGAUUGACUCCCCCGGGCCAAACCACUGUCACUUAGUUUGCUGAAUCUCGCCAUGCAGCCUCAGGUCACCUACUUUGCUCUGAUCCAUUGCCCUGCCCAGGGGGCAGCCGUUCAGAGCCCAUCUCGGGCAGGGUGAACCUGCAUUGACAACGUGUCGAUUGUUCCUAGCAGCCCCCCAAACUCUAACAGCUAUGGGGAUGUGCUGGCAGCUUUCCAAGGAGCUGCAAUGUGGAACAGAGCAACUCUACCCUCCACUGAAGGUGGCAGCGUGGCCUUGGGGACUACAGUCCCCAGCAGGCAUCGCUCUGCUUUGGCCAUUGGGAUCAGGAGGGAGUGCUGGGCCCUGACUCCCCAAGCCACACCCACUGCUAGAGGACCUCUCCAGUGACCCAAAGGGGGAGCCAAACCCAACUCCCGUGGGAUGCCUUACCGAGGGUGCUCCAGUUCUCGGCUGGCUGCUGAGCCCGUGCUGGAGCCGGCUGCGGGCCAGGCUCAGUAACGUCUGGCUUUGGCAGCCAGGCCCUGAAGCCCUGGGGAAGGUAUUUUCCAUCGGAGCAGAACGGAUUCAGGCUCCAGUUCAGGAGGGAGGCGAGAGGGGGAGUUUUGUUCAUUUCAUGUAUUCCUUGCCCCUGGGCCUGUCGGGCAGCCUGUCUCUCCGUAUCAGACUGGACCUUCCCCUCCUGUUGGUUUCUUAAACCCUCCCAGGAGGGGCCGGAGUCCUGGCGGGCGCAGCUCUCCUGGCACUGGAGGGGGAGAAGAGGCCCAGAGCCUGUGGCAGGAGGAAGAGCUGUUCUCUCCCCAGCCAGCUGGACCAGUCUCUCUGCGGGAAGGUUGCUCUCCUGCCUGGGAUAAGAUCUAACCAGAGCCAGACUCUACCCCAACUUGCACAAGCAGGAGCAGAGUGUGAAUAGUGUCACCUGGCCGCUGGGUGGAGAGGUCUGGAGCGGGUCUCAUUCCACUGGCAGAGCGAGGUGCUUCUGCGCUCCCCGCACCCAUCUCCUGCCCCCAGCCCUGCCUGGGGCUGGGGGAUUCUCAGUCCUAGACUGCAGCAGUGAUCAUCCUCCUCUCGACUAGCUGCAGGUUCAAGGGAACAGCCUGCUCUUUAGCCUCUUGUUCUCUGUGCCCAGCAACAGGCCCUCUGUGAAAUGAACAGCUAGGGUCUCAGCCAGCCUGUCCUCCAGGGCCAGUCUCCAUCACCACCGCUAGCCCCCCGGCCAGAAGCAGCAGCUAGCCCCCGGCUGGCAGUCUGAGCAGCAGAGGCCCUGGCUGCUCCCUUAGACACUGGGGAUGGGGUGAGGCUGUUGCUGCAGGGUAGAGGCUCUUGGCUAUCAGCCUAGACGGGAGAAGAGUCGGAGCGGGGUGACUAAUGGGCGGGGAGAUGCUCAGGCAUGUCUGUAAAAGCCAUAUUAACCGAGCUGAGCCCUGGUGGGGAGCAGCGGAGGCUGCUUGGUGAACCCACUGCCUAGUCUGAGCCAUAUUGUCCCCCAAAGGAUCAGCCAGCUCAGUGCAGUCCUGCUGCUCCGGUAGUCUAGGAAAGCCUGGCUCCUUCCCUGCCUCCUUGCACUUUGCAGCCUGCUACGGAGUUUUCCCAACACCCCAAACCCUCCAUCGCUGGAGACACAGGGCGUGCUGGGUGCCAGUGUGAGGACUCUCUGCGGGGACGGGUGUGGCAGGGGCCUCACUUCUCCAUGCUUCUAUGUCUUGUUGAGGUGUGCUCUCCUUGGGGAGUGCCUUGCCAUGCAUGCCCUGUUUACUGCCUCCUGCCAGCCUGGAGUCUUGCCUGUAUCCAAGAUCCCCUCUUGCCACCUGUGACGGGACCAGAAGGAGAGUCACACAGCUGCCCGUGUUCCUGUCUGCUAAUAGAAUUCCAAAGGUUGCAGGACCCAAAUAAUUUAAAUUGUGUAUGACUCUUCUCAAAUGAAAUAAAGGAAACUAUUUGAUCUA